AUGGACGACAUCAGAAAUGAUGAGCAGAUCAUAACCGGAUCCGCAGGAGAACCCAAAGAGAGGGAAAAAUACAUGCACUCACGGUGGAAUCCGACGCCUGAGCAGACGAUGGUGCUUGAAGAGGUUUACAGCAGCGGAACACGGACGCCGACGACACAACAGAUCCAAGAGAUUGCAUCUAAGCUCCAAAAGUAUGGGAGAAUUGAAGGAAAGAACGUUUUCUACUGGUUCCAAAACCAUAAGUCAAGGGAGAGGCUGAAACGACGCCGUGGUGAUCAACAAGGAGUUACUACUAUUAGUAACGUUCAUGAAGAAACUCUACGCAAGGACAACGUCAUUGUAGAUACGGCAAACAAGGAUUCAUCAUCAGUCUCGAGAAGGAGAGGUGAUCAUCGAGUUAUUCACACAAGUACUUAUUUAUCUCCUUCACCCACACAUCCACAGAAAAAUUCUAUUGAUGAUGGGAAGCGGGAAGUAUAUAAGAGGGGGUUAGAGGAAGAAAAGGAAACAACUUCCCAAAAUCAGAUACAUCCAAGCAACACUUCAGACUUUAACUACCAUCUGAUAACUGCUUCUAAACCAAGUCAAGAAGAAGAGCAGCAGUACAAGCUGAAUGAUGAUGAAGAAGAAACAAGGAAAAGCCGAACGCUAGAUCUCUUUCCGGUUAUAGAGAACCAAGAGACAAUCGGUUUUGAAGAGAAGAACACAAAACCAAACCAGUUGUACUGCAACUACUGUUAUUAUUACGAGUUCAUGCCUCUGAUGAACUGA